AUGCUAAGUAAAGCACUUUUCCUGGUUACGCUUUGUAUCCCGUAUACGGCCGAAAGCCACAGCGCUGGACUCCUUGCACAACUUGGAGACAAUGUUCGCGCUAUGAAGCUUGUCAAUGUAUCCGAGAUAUCACAUGAAACUUCAAAAUUACGUGUGUUAUGCUGGGUCAGUACGUAUCACACGAACCACGAGAAACGCCUGCACGCGAUUAAACAAACCUGGGGUAAAAAGUGUGAUAAAUUACUUUUUAUGAGUAAUGUAGAAGAUUUAAGUAUUCCAACGGUUCAAAUUGUAGCUCCACCAUUACAUGAAAUGCUGUGGCAAAAGCAUCGAGAGAUUGUACAGCUCUUGGUAAGAGAAUACGACGAAGAAGAAUUUGAUUGGGUUUUUAAAUGCGACGACGAUACGUUCUUGAUCAUGGAGAAUCUGAAGACUUUAUUGAAUUCACCAAAGAUUCAAGCAAUUGCUACAACGAAACCAACUCUUGUAGGUCAUCGAAUGACGUUACAAUGGUGGGAAAUGCAACGUCGUUUUGAACCAUUUGAAGAUUAUAAUCCGGAGCAUGUAGCAGCAAUGCUGAAAGUAAAAGAGGAGACUAUAAAUGAAGGAGGAUUGAUAUAUACUCCCGGUGGUGGAGGUUAUGCAAUGAAUUGGUCAUAUUUGAAGAAACUGGAAGGAAGUUUUGAUGAACCAUAUUGUUUACCAAAUGAAGUGGUGCCAGAUGAUUGGGCUCUUUCAUUUUGUAUGUGGCAUUUGGGUAUAACACCAUUGGAUACAAGAGAUCACGAGAAGAGGGAAAGAUUUCAUCAAUAUGAUCCGAAUGUUUUGUAUACAAGAUCCCAUGAUGAAGAAGCAUAUGAUCACAAGUUAUUCUCGUCCAUAUACCAGGAGAAUAAUUGGUUUUCCGAUCAUAAUGGAAUUGGAUGGCAGAAUGGAGAAAUGUGUUGUGCACCUGAUUCUAUUACUUUUCACUAUAUUAAGCCACCGCUUAUGGAAUUGUUUUUUGAGUUCUAUUACGGUGGAAGUCACGCACAGGGAUUGUAG